CGAUACUUAAUGUCAUAAAACACUGCAUGACUUUGUUUACUAGAAUCGCCAAAUGUUAAACAGAGAACGGAUUCUCGAAAAAUUGUGUAGAGUGCUUGAUAAAUUUAGAAUAGAUGUAGAACUAGGCUACUGUAUUGGUGAAAUGUUUUUGACAGAUCAGGGGGAAUAACUCUCAGUGACUUCCCGAGGGAAUUGUGUUGUUACAUUACACACCGAUAUCAACAUACUGUGCUAUGCUAACAACACCCGGACGCUUUAUUGAUAUGAUAUGUUGUAAGUCGCACUGAUUUGAUAUACAUUGAAAAAGUGAAACAUUGACCUCCAUGGAGUUGUGAUUGCAAGUGCAGACAGAGUGUGUGAGACCAUGGGAUUACAUGUACAUGAAUGAUGAUGUACAAAACUGUAACGGGAUAAAAUCUACCGUCACACAACAUAUACAAUGGCAUGUGUUCAGGUUAUUGUUGAAAAUGAAAAAGAGUGGGACAAGUUGUUAUCUGGUGGAGGUCAGGAGGAAGCUCAGAAUGGCCAGAAGUACAGCAACAACACGGGUCAGUCGCGAUCAUCUCAACCUUCCAGCGUGGCCACGUCCAGCACACAUAGCAAUGUCCAAGGGGAUAACUUGAACCUCAACCACCAGCCCCCGACAAAACUUACAGAAUUUGAGCAAAUGAAAUUAGCUGCAGAGGAACCUCCUGCUGAUGGCAAAAAGUCCAACAUAAAAAGAAAGAUUCUCAAGGUGAUCGUCACAAGUAUGUUCAUAUUUAUGGCCGUUGGGGUUAUUGUUAUUUGGAGUCUGCAUGAUGCAAGUGGCAAAGACUAUUCCGACCUUAAGUUUGUAAUUGACGGAGAGUUUUUGACAAUUGUCGGCAAACGGUUGGACGAGGGAACCACCAUUGGACACUUAGGUGGAGAAAUAUUCGCAGGACGUCCGACAGAAAAAUGUCCCAACCGAGACAAACACAAAAAGGGGAGAUGCAUUUCAUGGGAUGAUGGCAACAUGGUAGACAUGACACCGUUUAAUAUUGAUGAUGUCAUCUGCUACAACGUGUCCUGGGUUAACCCAAUAAAUGUGUUCCCCGAGGACUGCUUUGAAAUGGACAUUGGUCAUUGGUACAACAUGUUACCGGGGCCCUGGCCAAUCAGCGCACAGAGGAAAAUGGCUCUCAGUAGGUUCGGCCAUAACGAGAGAAAUGGUAUGGACGUGAUAGAUUAUUACUUUCUGUCAUCGAAAGGUGCUGCUAUUUACCUUCCUGGAGGUGGACCCUAUCAGCUCAGCUGGAACGAAAGCAGUCAUCAGAAGAUGUGUAUAUCACCAGCACUGAACGGUGUCGAGGCCCGAAAGAAUCUGAAUUAUUUUGCCUGUCAGGGUUACGAUGUCAAGGCCACUCACCUAGCCGUGAGUAAAAAGUUCCACUUGCCGGCCCUUCGCAAUCUCUCGGAGCAGGUCAAGUACACAGACAACUUCCUGUGGUCAGCAGAAGUAGGGGGCUCCCAAGACUCCUAUGGUGAUCAACUGAUCACUUUUAAAAACUUUCUCGGAUCAACCAAUUUUGCGUGCAAUGUUUUGGAACUUGAUUCUCAUUGGCAACAGGAACUAGGUGACCUCAAAUUUAAUAAAGCAAUAUCUCCAAGUAUCAGUUCAGCCAUAUCAAUGCUUUCCACCGACUGUGAUUUUAUGUUGAAUCUCAGUCCACUCUGCUCUUUGAAUUCUCCUUCAUUUAGUUUUGGGAUUAAGAACAAUUUAUUUUUGAUUGAUACUUUAUCGCUGGGUGCCAAAGUGCUCACACACAGUAAUACUCAGGUGGUUGUCUGGGACAUUGACAAUGACGAUUUCUCGUCCUGGUUUUCUGAUGCAAUUUCAAACAUUUCUACAACACAUGGCAUAAGAAAUUUCAAGUUUUUGCCAAUACCUCAGAUGUUUAUGGUGAGACAUUCCAAUGGAUCAGAUCUAUUAGACCGAGAGGUCUACGGCAAGUGGAUAGACUUGUUAAACAUUUUGAGCGAACAUCUUGUCACAAAGGGAAUGUUCCGAUCACAGGACAAGCAUGCAUUCGUUGAGGUGUCUGUUGACUUUGUGGUGAAUGAAAACAAUGCAAGCUGUGUUACAGAGUCACUGUCUGAAGCACUGACGUUGGGCCUGUAUGGCUAUCCAUAUAUCUUAUCUUCUGCAAAAGGCAAUAUUAAUUUAGACAAUGACACUAUCGAUUCCUUUGUAAGGUGGCUACAGUUAUCUGUCUUCUUCCCGGCACUAAAAGUUCCAUCGAACAUACAAUUCUGUGGAGAUGAUAUCAUCUUGCAUGCUCAAAAUCUCUCUCAAUUUAGACAAGACUUUGUAGUUCCGAUCUUGGAACAGUUACGAACACAGGUAUCAGAGACUAGUCCCUUCAUACGACCUGUAUGGUGGUUGGAUCCCCUAGACGAGGACACGCACAGUUUAGGGGACGAGUUCCUUUUAGGGGACAGGGUUCUGGUUGCCCCUGUGUUGUGUUCUGGGGUCAGGAAAAGGAACAUUUACCUGCCAAAGGGCAGUUGGCUAGACCCUAUGCAUGGGGUGGAGUACCCCGGGGGAGAGUGGCUAACUGAUUUCCCUGUCAGCCAGUUCCAAAUCCCCUACUUUGUAUUGCAGGAAAACAACGAAUCUCUAUAAACGACUCUGAGCAUUGGGAGUCACUUAGGUCUGAACAAACCUCAAAAAAGUCCAAUCCAUCUUCAUGUAUAGUGACCUCCUUCAAGGUCACAAAUUGCUUCCUGUUGUUAUUAUUUUUUUUAAAUCCAUCAAAAUAUGUUUUUAUUUUACCUUUGUGUGUACUGUACUUCAGCUGAAUGUUUCAUUUUUACCUUUGUGUGUACUGUCUGUAUUUCAGCUGAAGUUUGUUGAAGAAGAAAAUUAGGAAAUUAGGAACAUGACUGUUGUCCCUAUAUUGCAACAAAUCUAUCAUAUGUGCAUAUAAAAAGAAUUGAUGCACUUAAUUUCCUCAGUUAGUUAAUUACCCUAGGUAUGUACUUAAGCUACAGGUAGCCUAUAUAUACACUAAUAUUAAGAAAGAAAGUGAUAUCUAUUCCUCAAAUAGGAUAUUUAUGGAUGUUGUUACUCUAUUUAACAUCAUAUACAUUAUGUAUACAUACAUGAUAAGCUAUUUUCUGAUGUACUAAUAUAACAUUGAUCUGAUCAUGAAUAUAUAUAUGUAAAGGCCAUACAUAUAUAUAUUUCACCAUUAAUAAGACUGAUCUAAUAAAACACCAUCUUGAUCUACUCAGAAGAGAGUAACACUACAUAAUAGACUAAUGCUUGUAACCUGUAUUCAGUGAUCAGAAUGGCAACAACGCUCAUUUCAUCAAUAACUUCUAAAAUUGUUGGUGUUUAAUAUGGUGAAACUUUUCUGAACCAAAACUUAAGAGAACAAUAUGAUAAUCGACAUGUUUUUGAUCACAUGGAUUCAGUUUGCAUACAGGGGUGGAUUCUAGGUUACAAUUCAUAGAAAUGUAUACUAUAUGUGACCUACUUGUAUGUUUCAGGAUUACACAAGUUCGUUCAGAUUAGUUUUACCAUUAUUUUUUUUGUCACUUACAUAAGAGAAUCGGGUAAAAGUAUCAAUCACAACAGCCUCAGGGUAUACAUAUAUAUAGGUCUCUUCAGAUUUAUUCGGUACGUGUCGACAGGUUAUGCCCUCUUAGCAGGCUACAUUACAAACUUUUUCACCCCUGAAGUACAUAAAUUGCGGGCAAUUUUUUUAUAUUUAAUAUUGUAUGGCAUUAUGACAUCAUACACUAGACGUUUGUUCUAAGAAACAAUUCUAUAAGAUAGUAUUAACUCUGUUCUUUCCUUCGUAUAACUUAUCCAUUUCAUAUUUCUCCUUUUCGGCUAGUACUAAUUGCAGAAAUAGUUCUGUAAUAAAUUAAACACAUGAACAACCCUUGUUCUGUAAUAUGGCCUAAUGGUUAUAAGACAACUUUAAACAUCAUUGUACUAAAUUUAUGUAGUUUAAAUAUUUUGCUUAGUUUUGUCAAAUGCCAUAUAUUUUUUAUUUGAGUAAGGUCACAUUAUGGUGACAAUUUAAGCUAAAUAGGUUGCGAAGAGUCACCUUGCAGGUACCAUGGUCAUAAGUCACUUUAUUUCACAUCUAUCAAGAAUGCUGUUGUUAAUCACGUGAACUUAUACAGUAAAAUAUACAAAGGCAAACAAUUUUUUCCAAAAGAUAGUGAAUCUUUCUUGAAGAAAUGCAUAGGGGUUAUACUCCGCAUCAAAUAUAGCUUCAAAUUUUUGGGAUUCAAGAUGGUGACCAUGGCCUCAGGUUGGCUGAGACAAUAACUGUUAUAACUUUAGUUCAUAUGGGACCGACUUUGUUGAUAUGUUGUGACGGUGAUAUGUAACGGAUGAUCAUGAACUUACUGUAAAAAGGUUGACUUUUACAUUUUGAGCAUUUAACAUGGCCGUUCUAGAUUCUGAUUGGCUGAGACAAUACUCCAGUGGUUGAGUUAGGACUAUAAGUAUGCUUAAGCCUGUGGCCUAACAGUUAGAGGUCUGACUAUAGCUCCUCUGUAAUCCUAAAGUGGGUCACUUGCAAUCCUUAUUAUAUAACUGAUAUAAUAGUUUUAUGGUGAAAAGUGGAAGGACUAAAGUUUAUUACAUGACUUGAAACCAAAUUAAACUCAUUUUGGUAUAUUUUGAAUAUAAAAUGACUGGGAACAGAUUUCAUCAGAACUCUUUUCUAAUGUCAGUUGUACAUACAUAUACAGAUGUGAGAGAAAGUCAUGAUCAUACAAACAUAGAAAAUAAUAAAAGCUGGAAAAUUUAAGAAAGUGAACUGGUGCCUCUGCCAGUGUUGAUUAAAUGUUGAAACCCAGCAUCUUCAAAGUGGUGGUCAAUUUAAUUUUUAUUUAUGAAUUUAUUUUUGAAAGCGCAAGUUUUGGCUCUAUUUUCACAAACAUUCCUUUUACUAAGUGAAGAUCUUCCCUUUAUAUAAGCAAUGCUUUCCCUAUGGGGAAAUUUAAGUUAAGUUGUUUUGAAAAACUGAAGGACUUUAUAUAUUGUGCCAUUUUGUUACUCAAAAUUUGCAAACGGGAAUGGCCUGAUGUUGAAAUGUGCUAUACAGAAUAUGUUCUAAAAGUAGGCUGCUAUUUAAGUACAUGGUCAUAUGUUUUAUGAUCAGACUGUUGGAAGUCAGAUCUAAUUUUUUCCAUUCAUUUAUUAUAGAUAAUUAAUCAUUAUAAGUAUGUACCAGGUAUUUUGAUGCUACCCCAACUACGCGUGUGCAUCACUAAUUAACUUACAGGUACACGAGUUAUAUAUGAAUUUGUUUUAAAAUUCUAACUUUUACUAUGGUUGUAGCCAGAGUUUAUUCAGGCCCCAACACCAGACAAUAGACGUGUAGACAGGUAGAUGUUAUACCAAAACAGUCUGGUGUUGGGGCAGAGCAAACGUAGACUAUUGUGGUUAAUGACACAAUAUUUAGUGAUUUCAAUAUUCUUGUAUACAUCGUUAUUCAAAAUCUUUACUGUAUAUAUAGUAAUAAUACUUAUAUAAUAAACUGUAUUAAUGUGUUAUUAUUGCAUAGCUAUUUAUGAUGAACAAUGUCUUCUGUAAGAAAAGAUAUAAAUAUUUAUUUUUUAUUUAUAUCUUUAAAAGUUGUUUUAUGAAUUGUAGAUAUUCAGGUUUGUACACCCUAGCUAUGCUAAUGAAGGUCAGUGUUUUUCAUAUUAACCAUCUCUACUCCCACUUCCCCCACUCAAAUGUACAAAUACAUUUGUACAUGUAUCCAUUAUAAUGUGGGGGGGAAGUGGAGGCAUCCAAAUCUUUGCAAUAUAUGUUGUGUUAUAAUAUGCUGUAGAAACAACAUGUUCAUGGGGGAGGAGUUAUAUAGUGUAGCAAUAUAAUUGUAUUGUAUUUCUAGACAGAUAUUCAAAGUUAAGGUCUUCUUGUAAGGAAAAAAAUGUUUAUGGUGUGAUUUGACAUAUGAAAUCAUGAAUUGGAUACUAGGGGUAAAACAAAUUCUUUUCUUUUUUGUAAAUUAAACGUUGCACUGUACAUUAAGCGGUAUAUUUAGAUCUGGUAAACGUUUACAAAAAUGGUCCGUUUUAAUCCAAGUUCUGAUAAGGUAAUUUUCCCCCGAAGAAGAUAUAAUUAAUUCUGUUUAACAGAGUAGAGGGAAACACAGACUUAUAUAUAUACCAAACAGAUCUUUAUAUUACAGUACAACUAUUCAAUGGUUUAAAUUUUGAAUUAGAGAGGUUAUACUAUAGGAUGAACUUUACGAAUACCGAUUUUUAAUUCAACAUGAUCAUUUAUAGUGUAAUGUACAUCUUUAUUUUUUUCUAAAUACAUGUAUAUGUUUUCUCAUAGUUAUUGUGUUUGACCUGUGCAUGGAUUUUCCCCAUCAUAAAAAAAAUGUACAAAAUGAACUUUUCAAUCUUAAUUGAUUGGACUACAAUGUAAUAGACAGAUUAGGUGCCAAAUAUCAAUUGAGACUGGUUUAAUUGUUGUAACUUAAUGUUUGUAUUAUUGAUGUAUAUAUAUAUAUAUAUGUAUAUAUCAAUGUAGUGAAAUUAUCAAUAUGUAUGACAUGUAAGGUACUGAGAUCAUUAUUAUGAAAUAUAGAAAUACAUGGUUGGAAGUUAAGGGGAUAUAACAAGAAACAAGACAUCUGCCAUAAUUCUGUGCCUGAUUUCAAAAUCUCACACAAAAAUGUUCAAAGCAAUAUCAUGAAAUAUUGUCAAGUACAAUGUACUAAGUUUUACAUGUUGUUUUGUAUGAUAACAAUGGGGCGGUAUGCAGUUGAAGCAGGUUAAUUUGAACUUGUGUUUCGUUAAAAUUAUUCCCGCCUACAACAAAUAACUCAGAUCCACUCUGAAUCAUUGAUUUAUUGGUUUCUAACAAGUUCUCACGCAGAUUAUUUUGUCUGGAACAACUGAGUCUGAAGUUUACCCAAAGUUUACUAUACAGGAACUUUUGUUUUCUAUGAACACAAUUAUUUUGAAAUCAUCUUUACCACAAAGCCAUUUGUCAAGUGGCAGGAAAUUGUCUUUGGAAUGUUAGACCAUUACCUAUCAUGGCUAAGCCAAUUUGCUUAUUAAGUUCAGUAUGAGAUUCAGUAUUAACUUGUUUAACUGUCAAUCAGCCAGUUUUGAGCCCGCCAUAAUAUAAGGCAUUUACAAAAUGCGUGUGAUAUAUAGGCAUGAAAUAUGUACUAUUGUUGUUACCUAACGUGUAGUUUGUUCCCUAAUUUGCACCAUAAUUUUAAGCUGUUCUAUUUUAAAUACCUUCAAAGUCUUAAUCUUUUGCAAAAUAGGUCAUUUAAUAGAAUACAGACAGAAAAACCAAGUGAAAAUA